UUAAAUUGUCUGUAUUUACUCCAACACACACACACACACUCUCUCUCUCUCUCUCUCCUCUCUCUGUGAUGCCGUUGCCCUAACGGACAACCCAACUAAAAACAACCAACCCGUUUCGGUACUAGUGUCAUCAUAAAACCACACCCACAUGGCCACUUCCACUCUAAAAAUCCAAACCCAUCCAAACAGCUCCAAGCCCAAACGCCGCCGUUUCCGCGAAACCACCAUCACCACCACCACCGCCGCCUCUCAGCACCCACCUGACCACCAGCGCAGCAAGCUGGGCCCCACCAUCGUCGUCUCGCCCCACCACUCCUGGUGCUGCCCCGCCGCGCCCAACAAACUCCCCCCUCCUCCUCCUCCUCCGCCACCGCCGUCCCCGCCCGACACGUCAUCGAAGCCCAUGGACUCCGCCGCGCACGAUCCCUUCCCUUCCUCCCUCACCAAAUUCAACUCCGUCCUUACCGCCGGCCUCCUCAACCCGAUGUCUCCCCCUCCGACCCGGUCCAGCCCGACCCUGUUCGAAAUGAUGGCCAACGAACCCGACUGCGUUAUCAACCCCAGCAGACCACCACCACCACACAUCCCUAACCCUAACCCUAACGGCGGCGCCGUUUUAACAAAUCCCAAAUUGUUACCCCAGAUUCCGAUCCAACAGCGGCUGCACGAGCUCCUGGCUUGCAAGAGUCCGGGGAGCCAGUUCAACGACGCGAAUACGAGCGACGUAAGGCUGAAUCUGAGCGCCAAGGACGGGGUCUCGGUCACGAUGAACGUGCACAGGCAGAUCUUGGUCGGUCACAGCCGGUUUUUCGCUGCGAGGUUGACGGAGAGGCGGUCGAGGCAGGAGAAGGAGCGGAGUCCUGGUAAUGGGAGUUGUGUUGUGGAGAUUGAGGAUUGUGAUGAUAUUGAGGUUUAUGUGGAGACGUUGAGGUUGAUGUAUUGUAAGGAUUUGAGGAGGAGGCUUAUGAGGGAGGAUGUCACUAGGGUUCUUGGGAUCUUGAAGGUUUCAGCUACAAUUGGGUUUGAUGCUGGGGUUUUGUCAUGUUUGGAGUACUUAGAGGCUGCUCCAUGGGCUGAGGACGAAGAGGAGAAAGUGGCUUCUCUGUUGUCGGAGCUUCGGCUUGAAGGGGUGGGGGCAGGGGAAGUUCUUAAGAGAGUUUCUGUGGAUGUUACUGCUGGGGUUGAUGAGGGGCGCGACAAUGAAGAGGUGCUGCUCAAACUUUUGCGGGUGGUUCUGGAGGGGAAAGAUGAGAAGGCAAGGCGAGAGAUGAAGGGAUUGGUAUCCAAAAUGCUUCGUGAGAAUUCCUCUCAAAAUGAUUUGAAGAAAGAGUCUUUGUAUUCUGCUUGUGAUGGGUGUUUGCAAUUGCUUCACCACCACUUUUUGCGAGCAGCUGAGGCAGAUUUGCAGGAUGUGGGCCAGAUUGCACGACAGGCGGAUAAUUUGCAUUGGAUUCUUGAUAUUUUGAUCGAUAGGCAGAUUGCUGAAGAUUUUUUGAAGACAUGGGCUUCACAAUCGGAAUUGUCUGAUGCACAUUCUAAAGUGCCGGCCAUUCAUAGGUAUGAGGUUAGCAGUGUGACAUCUAGGUUGUUUGUUGGGAUUGGAAAAGGGCACUUGUUGGCUUCUAAGGAUGCAAGGUGUUUGCUGUUGCAAACCUGGUUGGUUCCAUUUUAUGAGGAUUUUGGAUGGAUGAGAAGGGCAUCGAAAGGCCUUGACAGGCAUUUGAUCGAGGAUGGUCUAAGCAACACCAUUCUUACUCUGCCUCUAGCAUGGCAGCAGGAAAUUUUGAUGUCUUGGUUCGACCGGUUUUUGAACUCUGGUGAUGAUUGUCCAAAUAUACAGAGAGGGUUUGAAGUUUGGUGGAGGAGGGCUUUCUGGAGACGAAAUGGUGAGCCUGAACGGCCCCGGCAAAUCCGAAUUACAACUGCAAGCAUUGAGAACUUGUGAUAUUUUUCAUCUACAAGUUGUGGGUUAAUACGGUUCCAGUGGAUUUAUGUCCUUUUAUCCUACAAUCACCUGGUUCUUAUUGCACGUUGGGAAGUUUUUCAGUCUCCCUUGCUAAUCUGGCUCCAACAGUUUUUUCGAGGGGACUGAAUUCAUGAAGCUGGGUGAUUUGCUUCUCUGAUUCAUAUUUCGGGUUUAAUCUCGAAGAAGACAUACAUGUUUGUGCACGUUCCACCUCUUGUUGGGAAUAAUCACUGCUGAUUUACUCUGUGCAGUUCUGUAUUUGGAAAGGAAACCUUUUUUUUCGUUUUUCUUUUUUUUCCUCCUGUUAGUAUAUAUGAAUGAAAUUGUUUUCAGGAAAA